GUGCGGUAAGGAAGCCCUCUCCCCGACCGACCUGCUUGCACAGUACACUACACACAUGCAAAAAAUACACGUUAGGGGACAAUGGAUGGGUCGGGUCCUUUUCUUCAGGGGGUUUUUUAAAAAUAAAAUAAAAAUAAAAAAAACUCUUCUCCCCUUCAGGGCCAUAGCUAAGGCGAGUUUCCAGUCCCAGCCCUUCCAUCAGGAAUCUGAUCUGCAAAUCUAGUUUUUUUUGAUAUUUUUCUUUUUUUUAAAAAAAAUAAAAUAAGGCUUGCUGUAUCCAUCCUACCUAUGCUCUUCUUCUACCUCUAUCCGGAUCCCCGUAUUCCUCCUACUUCAAAGCUAGCACACAAUUCAAAAAAUGGUGUCCGGGUACAUCUAAAACAUGGAGACUGAUGAAGCGGUAUCUCCUACUCAUAUAUCAUAGCUUUCUCAUCCUCUUCCAAACCACUCUAACAAACAAACACUAUCCCUCUAUUUUCCCUAUCCUUCUCGCUAUCCCAACUGCUGCCAAUACGGUUCCAAAGCCCCAUUUCCCCCUCCAAACAAACAUUUUUCCAGUUGAGCAAACAACUACAUACACCUUCCAUUCGCAAUGCAGCUCACUCCAGACAUGAAGAGUUGGGUGGAGAGUAAGAUUGAAGAGCUUACUCUCGAAGAGAAAGCCUUUCUUCUAUCUGGUGUUGAUAUCUGGAGAACACAUGCUGUUCCUCGUCUUGGUGUACCACAAUUAAAGACUACAGAUGGCCCUGUCGGGGUCAGGGGUGGUACGAUGGUUGAUGGAACCACUGCUGCCCUCACUCCUAGCGCUGUAUCACUCUCUGCAACCUGGGAUGUUGAGGUCGUGGCUGGCAUCGGAGAGCUCCUUGCCACAGAGGUUCGGGACAAAAAGGCAGAUAUCCUACUGGCACCAACAGUUUGCUUACAUCGUUCACCCCUGGGCGGCCGGAAUUUUGAAUCCUUCUCCGGUGAUGAUCCAUUCCUCGGAGGGAAGCUUGCCGCAUCGUAUAUUAAUGCGGUGGAGAAACAUGGAAUCGCUACAACCAUCAAACAUUUCGCUGCCAAUGAUCAGGAGACAAGGCGUUUUGUGGUUGACCAGGUGAUAUCGGAUAGAUGCCUUCGAGAGCUUCACCUUGUUCCAUUUCAGAUUGCUAUUCGGGAUUCCAAUCCUUCAUGUGUUAUGGCCAGUUAUUCCAAGAUGAAUGGGGUAUAUGCGAGCAACAACAAGCGUUUAUUGACAGGUAUCCUGAGAGACGAAUGGAAGUUUGAUGGCAUAGUCAUGAGUGAUUGGUUCGGUGUCAACAGCAUUGUUCCUAGUGUUGAAGCUGGACUCGACUUGGAGAUGCCCGGGCCAGCCAGAAAACGUGGCAAGAAUCUUGUGGAUGCGGUAAACAAGGGUUACAUGAUGGAAUCCACACUCAACAUCAACGUUAGGAGAGUCUUAGGAUUGAUCUAUAAGACGGGAAAGUAUAAGCACCCCCUCAAAGAAGAGGAACCUGAAGUGGCGAGCAACAGACCCGAACACCAGGCAUUUCUCCGAAAAGCAGCUUCGGAAGGCAUUGUCCUAUUAAAAAACGAGAAGGGCCUCUUGCCCCUAAAGUUGGAAAAAGCAAAACAGGUUGCCUUUAUCGGGCCGAAUGCAAGAGAAUCUGUUGCUGCAGGCGGAGGUUCUGCGGCUCUAAAUCCCCACUACCGCCAAAAUCCCCAUGAUUCUUUCGUCGAAAAUGCCGCAUCCAUGUUCCCAAAUCUAAAGGUUGUGCACGCAAAGGGAUGCCUAGCCAACAAAUGGAUCCCUCUAUUCCCAAAGACUUGCGUUUCGCCCAAGAACGGGAAGCAUGGCAUGUACAUGGAGUAUUUUGACAAUACACUUCUGCGUGGACCGGCAGUUCACGCCUCUCACCGCGAGAGCACAGUGCUGUCGUGCUACGACAAUUUGCCAAAGUCGUUUGUGCCGGGGAAGAGGUAUUCAUACCGCGCGACUGGGCUGCUGACCCCCAAGACCUCCGGAAGGCAUACCUUUAGUAUGGGAUCAUGCGGGCCAGGGAGACUCCUAGUUGACAAGAAGGUAAUCAUUAACAUCUGGAACCGGACCAAGGAGUCCGAACGCUCCGAGAUGUUUAUGGCCUAUGCCUCCCCGGAGGUGCGCCAUGACCUUGACAUGAUUGGUGGGAAAACCUACUUGAUUGAGGUGGAAGGUGUAUCCAGGGAACUGGACCCCAUCCCUGUACACUAUACAAAUGAGUUAUAUAGGGAUGAGAUCAUGGACGGGUCGAGGGUAGGGUUUACGGAAGAGGUCAAGGAUGAUUUGUUGGGAGAAGCGGUGGAUUUGGCAAAAGAGUCGGAUUUGGUUGUCCUGGUUGUUGGGAAGAACAUUGAGUGGGAGAGCGAGGCCUAUGAUAUGAAGAGCAUGGAUCUGCCCGGUGGCCAAGACGAACUUAUCCUUCAGGUACUCAAGGCUAAUCAGAACUCGAUCAUCGUAAAUCAGUCGGGAUCUCCGAUUACAAUGCCCUGGGUUGAUCAAGCGUCUACCAUUCUCCAGACAUGGUACCAAGGGCAAGAGCUCGGAAAUUCUUUGUGGGACGUUCUAGUCGGAAAUAUUUCGCCUUGCGGGAAGCUCCCGGUGACCUUCCCCAAGCGAUUGGAAGAUACCCCGUCGUUCCACAAUUUUCCGGGCGAGAACGACAGGGUGGUUUACGGAGAGGGCAUCUGGCUAGGGUACCGUCACUAUGACAAAGCAAAGGUUGAACCCCUCUUCCCCUUCGGAUUCGGCCUCUCAUACACCAAAUUCGAGUACAAAAACACAAGGGUUUCAUCCGAGGUAUUCAAGGACAAGACGACGGUAUCGGUGAACAUUACCAACGUUGGAAGAAUGUCCGGAAAGGAGUCCGUUCAGUUCUACGUCUCACAAACCUCAAGGCCCGGCCUGGCCCGGCCCAUCAAGGAGUUGAAGGGCUUCGCAAAGGUGGACUUGAAGCCCGGGGAGACCAAGACUGCUAGUUACGUGCUAGACAAGUACGCGCUGGGGUACUAUGAUGAGAAGAAAAGGUCCUGGGUGGUUGACAAGGACGCCCAGUUCGAAGUUCACGCAGCGGCAAGCUCGAGGGAUAUAAGAGGGUCAGCGAAAUUCCGAGUUUCGGGCACAAUGCAGUGGAUAAAUUGAUUUUUCCCCUCCACCUCACCUCUCACCCCCCCCCCCACCCACCUUCACUCUCUACAUUCUCAUCUAGGGUAAUUUUUAUUUUAUUUUAUUGUGUGUUUUCACCUCUUUGCCGUUGCGUGUUUUGUAAUGAGUAACAUCCGGAGAAGACUACCGGCUGGAAAUUUAUGACCGAUCCACGAACCC